CACCACAGGGAGACAGAGAGAUGGGAGGUGCGAAAAUAAGAAUUAAAAAAAAACGAGUGAAGGAGACGAGAACAGGAAGAGAGAAAAAAAACUGUCUAGGAAAUGAGAAUACAAAGGCAGAAGUGCAAGUGGUUAGUGUUAAACAGUGUCAUAAGAGAGAGAGAGAGCGAUGGAGAUGUGCAAGAACGACAGCAGGUUUCGUUGAUUAGACAAUAGAUGUGCUUGUGAGAGGGAGGAUUCAAGUUGAUGAGAAGAAACCGAUUGUUAAGUGAAACUUAGUGACUACAGCUGCAACAUGGGUGAGUCCAGUAUCUGCCAGGUGAGGGCGACGGUCAUGCUGUACGAUGACGCCACGAAGCGGUGGGUGCCGGCGGGAUCUGGCGGUACUUCCUCCAGCCGCGUCCACAUCUAUCACAACCCUGCGACCAACACCUUCAGAAUUGUGGGCCGCUUGCAGCAGGCCGACCAGCAGGUGGUGAUCAACUGUGCCAUUGCCAAAGGGACAAAGUAUAAUCAAGCCACACCAAACUUCCACCAGUGGCGGGAUCCCAAACAGGUGUGGGGGCUGAACUUUGGCAGUAAAGAGGAUGCUACUCUUUUUGCCACCUCCAUGAUGCAUGCAUUAGAGGUUCUCAAUGCACCGGCGGGCGCAGGCGCGGCUCAGAAUGGACCCUCUGCACAGGAGCUGGAACAACAGAGAAGACUGGAGCGCCAGAAGCAGGAACAGGAGGAGAAAGAGCGUCUGGAGAGAGAGAGGCAGGCCUCCGCUGCUGCAUCUGUCCUCCCACCUGCUCCUCCUGCCCCACCAGCUCCACCCUCUCCAUCAAUACCCCCACCACCUCCAUGCCCACCACCUUCCUCGGGAGCAUGCCCACCUGCACCUCCACCACCUCCUGCUGGGGGCAUCCCACCUCCACCACCCCCACCCCCUUCUGGAUUACUUGGAGGUGGUGGUGGAGGCGAUCUGUGUUCAGCUCUGAUGGGAGCCAAACUGCGUAAAACCGCCAAGGAUGAAGAAGGCGGAGCAGCCCAAUCCCCCAAACCAGCACCUUCAUCUGGUGGAGGUGGAGGUGGAGGUGGAGGUGGAGGAGGUGGUCUAAUGGGAGAAAUGAGUGCCAUCCUUGCUAGGAGGAAGAAAGUUACUGAUAAUCCUGCUGCAAAACCUCCCGCGGGGGAUUCUGACUCCUCAGCAUCAAAAUCAUCAGGGCCAGGAGAAGUCAAUGAAAAGUUCAAAGACAAAUCUGCCACCAUGCCAAGGCCCAAACCCUUAACCAACAAUCAAAAGGACUCCAGCUCCUGCACUUCUCCGUCUUCUAACUCCAGCACUAACCCAGUGUCCAGGAUGAAGGUGGUGAAAAGUAACUCAGAUGCUGCAGGAAGUGGUAGUGAUCUGGAAACAAUCAAACAGGAAAUUCUUGAAGAAGUGAAAAAAGAACUUCAAAAAGUGAAGGAGGAGAUUAUCGCAGCAAUGAUCCAGGAGCUGCACAGUGCACAGCCAAAGGGUGAAGACUGAAAGACUGAAGAAGAGAUCAAGAGAAUAAUGACUAGAUAAGAAUGUUUUAUCAUGCAAUGCUCGGGCAAUUUACAUAUUAUUUUACCUGACAGAAAUUGUGCUAUUUUUUACAAACUCAAAAUAUGCAAUGCUAAUGUAUUCAUCUCUAUUUAUCAUUGUGUCAUACAGUUUAGAGCCCGACCGAUACUGGAUUUCUGAGGCCAAUACAAAUAUUGAUAUUUAAGAGUAACACAAAUCUGAUAAAGAUAUAUCAGCGGAUUUUUUUUUUUUUUUUACAUGAACACAUGACAUUCACAUUCUACAAUAUACUUACCAGGAUAUAUUGCAUUUGAAAAAAAUAAACUUGUUGUUCGCUGAUGGACUGAUGGAUAAUGGAGACGCUUCUAUAUGACCUCAGACACAUCUCUAUAUGCAACAGGAAGAACAAACUCUUCCCCCGCUGCAGGGUUCUCAUGCUGUUGUACUCAUUUAUGUGCUCACACCUGCAGAAAAAGAAUAGUUCAGUAAUCCACCACUGGUGGAGGAAGUACAUUGUAAGUCUUGCAUUACAAUAAAUGUCUUUUAAGUAAAAGUACAGAAGUAUUAUUGGCAAAAUAAAAGUAAUGAGUAUGGAUGCAUUAAGGUGUGAUUAGCAUUUUAGUAUUGCAGCUUGUUGGGCUAUAUCCCUGCAAUGCAUUUGAUUGUAUUUGGUUAUGUUUUGUGUGUCAAAUUUGAAUCCACAAAGUUAUUAGUAAUAUAGCUGUCAGCUGUAGUGAAGUAUAGGUAUAAGUUGAAACAGAAAAACUCAAGUAAUUACCUCAAAAUUGUUCAUAAGUGCAGUAUUUUGGGUACUUAGUUACUUUCCACCACUGUAUCCCAUAUGUCUGAGAUUGCCUUGGGGCUGGUCCUGACUUAUUUCCUGUCUUUCACUUUCACAAACCACAUAAAGUCCAUUUAUUUCAUGCAUUUGUUUUUGUUUCAUAGUUCCAAGGUUCCUUUUGUUGAGCUGAAGAUGCACAGCAACCACAAUAAUAUCACAACAGCUACAAGUACUAAUACAAAUAAGACUAAUAACAAUAAUCAAUAGCAGUGGAUGUAAUAGAGUGAUGUAUCAGUAAUAAUAGCUGUAAUAAUAAUAAUAUCGAUAACUACUACUAAUAAUAAACAACUCUCCAGUGGC